CUAUUUUUGUCCGAGGGGCGAGGAGUCGGCCGAGAGGCAUAAAAUCCCAGCUCCGUCUCGGGGUUCUACAUCCGCCAACCAUCCAAUUCCAGGUUCCUCCUGUUUAUUCUUCGAAUUCGAUUGUGUGCGAGGGUUUUCGGGUGCCUUAUUGGUGUGGUUCCGGCGAAUUCUAGGGUUCCGUCGGUGGUGGUUCGGCGGGGGCGGAGAGAGAGAGAGAGAGCUAGGGUUCGUGGGAUGUGACAAUGCCCGCCACCGAAUACCAGGGAUCAUCGACGCCGUUCUCGUCGAUUGGCCGUUCGAUCUUGAGCACACGGCGGGAGCAGAUUCACGCUAUGGACGCCGGCCACCACCACGACGCCGGCCUGGACCAGGAUCUGGACGCCUUCCAGCGCCGCAUCGCCGCCCUAUUCCACGACCUCUCCGCCUCCGCCGGUGAUGACCUUCUGUCCCUUGCCUGGGUCCGGAAGCUUUUGGAUACCUUCCUCGUGUGCCAGGAGGAGUUCCGCGUGGUCCUCUUCAACCACCGCGCCGCCUUCGGUCGGCCGCCGCUCGAUCGGAUGAUCGCUGACUUCUUCGAGCGCGGCGUCAAGGCUCUCGACGUCUGCAACGCGAUCCGCGACGGGGUUGAGCAGCUCCGUCAGUGGCGGAAGCAUUUGGAGAUCGUUCUCGUCGCGCUCGCCGACCCACGGAAGCAGCGGCGCGGUGCCCUCGGAGAGGGCCAGCUCCGGCGGGCACAGAAGGCCCUCACCGACCUCACCCUUCUCAUGCUCGACGAGAAGGACGCCACCGGCUCCGUCCUCUCCCACCGCAACCGUUCCUUCGGCCGCAGCAGCGGCUCCUCUAGCCGCGACCCCCAUCACUACCGCCGCUCCUCCGGUGGCCACUUCCGCUCCCUUUCCUGGAGCGUCUCCCGGUCAUGGUCCGCCGCCCGCCAGCUCCAGGCGAUCGGGAACAACCUUGCCGCCCCCCGCGGCCACGAGGUCGUGGCCACCGGCGGCCUUGUGGUAGCUGUCUUCACCAUGAGCUCGGUGCUCCUCUUCGUUAUGUGGGCGCUUGUUGCCGCAAUCCCCUGCCAGGACCGUGGCCUUGGAAUCCACCUCUCCAUCCCCCGGAGCUACCCGUGGGCGGCCCCCAUCCUGUCGCUUCACGAACGGAUUGUUGAGGAGUCCAAGAAAAAGGAACGGAAGAAUUCGAGCGGGCUAUUGAAGGAAAUCCACCGGAUGGAGAAGUGCGCUCACCACCUGACGGAAUUAAUGGAUUCAAUCCAGUUUCCAGUGAUGGAGGAGAAGGAGGCAGAGGUAAGACAGGGGGUGGAGGAGCUGGGCCGGGUUUGCCAGUCCAUGGACGGAGGCCUGGACCCCCUGGAACGCCAGGUGAGGGAGGUUUUCCAUAGGAUUGUACGUAGCCGAACCGAGGGUCUUGAUUGCUUGUCUCGCUAUCCUGAGUGAAGUCUCUAGUUGGGGGUUCCUUCAGCAUGGAAUCAAGAUGUUACCUUCCCUGUAUCUGGGUUCCAUCUAUCUGGGUUCCAUCGGUUGUGUUUGGUUGCUAGUCAGAGACUCACGAUCCUGAGUGAAAUCUCUAGUUGGGCGUUCCUUCAGAAUAUGAUCAAAUCGUCACCUUUCUUGUAUUUGGGUUUCAUGGGGUGUGUUUGGUUGCUAGGCGGAAAGGGAGGUGAUGGGAGAAGCGGCAAUGAAGACAAGUAUCAAGCAUCUCAGGCCCCAAAUAAGUUGAUCAGGUAUUUGGACAGCCAGCAACAAAGUCCUUUGCAUCACUAUUCCUUUGUCUCAAGGCCCACUAUCACACGUAGGCAGCCCUAACUGGUGAAACCUGUAUUCUCAUUUCUUUGUGAUUUAGAGCCUUGAUAGUGAAGUCUUCAUGGUUUCAAAAUCUUACAGUGCAACUCAAACCUGAAAUAUUCUGUCUUAUUAGUGUUUUCUCUGGUUGAGCUCUUUUUCCUGCGGAGAAAAACUAUGGUAGUUCUUUCAUUUGUACCUGUCUUGCUUAUCCAUCUAUUAUCUGUGGUUGCCUAGUGUCUUCAUUGCUCACCCCUGCCUGCUGAAACAUGUUUUGCAAAUUUUAUCCGAUAACAUUAUCAAUAUGAUAACGUUCUGGACAGCAUGUGAUUAUCAUCAGUUCCAACAUCUGUAGCUAUGGGCAGUUAAUAUACUCAUGAACUGAAGCUAAGGCGAUCUUUGUGGUUUUGAAAAGAUGUCUGGCAUUUGUCAGCUUGGACUUGUUUGCAAUAUGUCAUCCAUGAAAGGUGCAUUCGUAUGCACUCAGCGCUCCAAAUCACAUGUAUAAGUUUUUUAACGAUCCUUCACCACCCUCAAUACCCUACCAGUGGAAGCUACUUUUAUGGAAUUAAGAGAACAAUGCAACAAGAAUUACUGCAAGUUUGCUGGUCUUUUCAACAAGCACAAUCCUUCUUUCACCCAACCAACUUCUCUGCUUUGGCAGUUGGCUUUUUUUAGCACAAAUCAAUGUGUAAUCUGUUGCAAAUGAUGAUGUGCAUGGAUUGCUUGUGUCGCGAUGGUUGCAGAAAGAUGACACUUGCUACUCGAAAACUGUGUUGUUUAAUAAAUGAGCUGGCUCUAGCUGUGUCCAGCGACAAUGUGGUUCUCUGCAUUGAUAUCUGAUUAUAAAUUAUCACA